GGCCUUACAGUACGAAGAGAUGUGAGAGUGAUCAGUGAAUGCGAUUGAACAUAUUCGACAAGAAGAUUGAAUAAAAAAAUAGGAAAAAAAGAGAGGAAAGGAUAUCGAUCAACUAAAAACGAGAUGAGAAGAAAACUUUCUUAGACUGUUUAUACAUCGACUCACAACGAUGGUUCAACGGAGUCUGAUCUGCUCUUUGUUUGUUGUGGUAUUGAUAGCUGCGGCAGGAGGAGAGAGGAGCGAAUACAGUGGAAAUACAGUGGAUUACAAAGACUUUCAACUACCGCAUUUGCAAGAUGAGGAAAACGACCCACAGCAGACGAUACGGAUUAAGACGGUGGAGACGAUUUUAGUACAUGACCCAGGCCACAGACAGAUGGUGUUAGUGGCUGUGCUUGGAACGUGCGUGGGGCUUCUAGGAGGUUUCAUGAUAAUGGUCCUUCUCUUUUGCUGCUGGAACUUCAUGGCAAGAAGAGAACCAGGCAUAUUAUUGUACUUCGACAAGUCCAACAACACCUACCGGAGCGGUGAUGUCAUUGAUGGAGGAGUCUGAUAACAGCAUGAGAACAACAGGAUAACAGAGCCACGUGGUAUUCCCCAUAAAAAAAGAGAGAAAGGACGAAAGAAAGACAAAAAUAUGAACAUAUUUACAGAGAUAUUAAAUAUGUAUCAUGAAGUGCAGUUAUGAAUAUGUGUACGAAUUUGUAAACACAUAUCUAUAGGGAUAUGUAAGUAUAUACAAAUUCAUAGGUUAUGUUAACUAUCUGAAUGUAUUUUUUUUCUAUUUAGUAAAUUGUUUUUUAACACAUUGUCUCGUCAACUUGUUUUUGUAUCUAACUAAAUGUAUUUUAGGUAAGACUCUCUCUCUCUAUCUAUCUAUUUCUCAAUCUAUUUAUCUCUCUGUCUAUCUCUUUCUCUCUCUAUCUAUCUACCUGUAGAUCUGUCUCUCCCUUAAUCUAUAUACUUC